AUGAUGCCUGGCCGGACCCCGCGCAAAACCGCGCCGCCAGCCGCUCCUGCAGGGCGCGAGGCGGCGGUGGAGUGCGCCCUGGAGCUGACCCGCAUCGGCGACAGGUGGGACUUGCGGCAGAGGCUCCUGAACCUGCUCGCCAAGCUCUUCUGCCCCGGGACGUGGGCUGCCCGCGGACACGGCGAGCGGAACGCAGGAGGACCUUGGCUUUGCGGAUUUGGAAGAAGAGGCUCCACAGACAUUGGGAGAUGAAGAAACUUCAAAUGUCGCUGCACUGUAUUUACCUGACUGCAGCUGCUGAGGAUGGCUAUCACGUGUUUUCUCUGAAGAAUGUUACAGCAAUACUGGCAUAUGAAUGCCAGAUGGGAAGAAAAAGAUAACAAUGGGCAGAGCCUCUAAACUGUGCUGUGGUGACUUCGGGCAAGCUGGUGACAUGGGGAGAUUUGG